AUUAAGCAAUUUAUUAUAGUCUAACUAAAAAGGAUUUGCAAGAGUUCUCGCGGCAGUUGUCGUGGCCGAGUGGUUAAGGCGAUGGACUAGAAAUCUGUUAUUUUCUUCCCGCGCAGGUUCGAAUCCUGCGGAGAACGGUGAAAAAAAUUGUCCGUUCCUGUCGAAGUCUACAAUACUCGAAUUUCAUGUGAAGCUCUUUGACCACAUGAGGGCGCCCUCCACUUUCACGUAUCAGGUUCGAAUCCUGCCGAGAACGUUGAAAAAAAUUGUCCGUUCCUGUCGAAGUCUACAAUACUCGAAUUUCAUGUGAAGCUCUUUGACCACAUGAGGGCGCCCUCCACUUUCACGUAUCAGGUUCGAAUCCUGCCGAGAACGUUGAAAAAAAUUGUCCGUUCCUGUCGAAGUCUACAAUACUCGAAUUUCAUGUGAAGCUCUUUGACCACAUGAGGGCGCCCUCCACUUUCACGUAUCAGGACCCAGCAGGCAUCUUUGAGCUGGUGGAGUUGGUAGGCAAUGGAACCUACGGACAGGUGUACAAGGGUCGUCAUGUCAAGACAGGGCAACUUGCAGCCAUCAAGGUCAUGGAUGUCACCGGGGAUGAGGAAGAGGAGAUUAAAGGAGAGAUCAACAUGUUGAAGAAGUACAGCCACCAUCGGAACAUCGCUACCUACUACGGUGCCUUCGUCAAGAAGAACCCUCCUGGCAUCGACGACCAGCUAUGGUUGGUGAUGGAGUUCUGUGGGGCGGGCUCAAUAACAGAUCUGAUUAAGAACACCAAGGGUAACUCUCUGAAAGAGGAGUGGACUGCCUACGUCUGCAGAGAGAUCCUCAGGGGUCUGACCCAUCUCCACCAGCACAAGGUCAUCCACAGAGACAUCAAGGGUCAGAACGUGCUGCUGACAGAGAACGCAGAGGUCAAACUGGUGGACUUUGGUGUGAGUGCCCAGCUGGACCGGACGGUGGGGAAAAGGAACACCUUCAUCGGGACUCCCUAUUGGAUGGCUCCUGAGGUCAUCGCCUGCGAUGAGAACCCUGAGGCCACCUACGACUUUAAGAGUGACCUGUGGUCUCUGGGUAUAACAGCUAUAGAAAUGGCAGAAGGAGCCCCUCCACUUUGUGACAUGCACCCAAUGAGAGCUCUCUUCCUCAUCCCACGAAACCCCGCCCCCAGACUCAAGUCCAAGAAGUGGUCUAAGAAGUUCCAGUCCUUCAUUGAGAGUUGCUUGGUGAAGAGUCAUGGUCAGAGACCCAGCACAGAGCAGCUGUUGAAGCACCCCUUCAUCAGAGAGCUGCCCAACGAACGCCAGAUCCGCAUCCAGCUGAAGGACCACAUCGACAGAACCAAGAAGAAACGUGGGGAGAGGGAUGAGACAGAAUAUGAGUACAGUGGGAGUGAAGAGGAGGAAGAGGAGCGAGACGUGGGGGAGCCAAGCUCCAUCAUCAACAUCCCCGGUGAGUCGACGUUAAGGCGGGACUUCCUGCGUCUGCAGCUGGCCAAUAAGGAACGCUCUGAGGCUCUGAGGCGGCAGCAGUUGGAACAACAGCAGAACGAGGAACACAAGCGCCUCCUACUGGCCGAACGACAGAAACGCAUAGAGGAGCAGAAAGAACAGAGGAGGAGACUGGAGGAGCAACAGCGUAGGGAGCGUGAGUUGAGGAAGCAGCAGGAGAGAGAACAGAGAAGACGCUAUGAAGAGAUGGAACAACUACGGAGAGAUGAGGAGAGGAGGCACGCAGAGAGAGAACAGGAGUAUAUCCGUAGACAGCUGGAGGAGGAACAGAGACAGUUAGAGAUUCUACAGCAACAGCUUCUACAGGAACAGGCCCUACUGCUGGAGUAUAAGCGUAAGCAGAUUGAGGAACAACGUCAAGCCGAGAGACUACAGAGACAGUUACAACAGGAGAGAGCCUACCUGGUGUCUCUACAACAACAGCAGCAACAACAACAACAAAACCAAGAUGGCCGACCAGGCGAGAAGAAACCGUUGUAUCACUAUAAAGACUCAGCUAGUCCUACUGACAAACCUGCAUGGGCUAAAGAGGUCCUGAAGCAGCAGACACACCCCCAGAGCCACUCACCCCGCCCAUUCCUCAGACAAAGCCACUCCUUCAACCAACCUUCAUACUCCAUUCCCUCCCACGCCAACCUCCCUCGCCGAGCCCCCUCCAACCCCACCCCUCCCCCUCACAUCCGUAUCUCCCUGGAGACCAGGGAUCUAGUAGAUCCCGUUGUGAAACAGGAGAUCAAGCAGCAGGUUAGAGAGAUGAGAGCUCAGAAAGCCGGUCAGAGGGUGUUAAGACAGAAAGAAAGAAUACGCAAUACCAGAGCCAACCACCAGGGGGUAGUACAACACAACAACCGGGGGCCAAUAGGGCCUAGCCCAGCCGGUCAGAAGGCUGGUCAGCAAGACCAAGGACGCAGUCCCAGACCUAAACACCAAGGGCCACAACACAACCCCAACCAGGGGCCACAGCAUAAUGGGAAGGGACAACAGGCUGGCUUUAACCGAGGCCCCAGCCCUAACCCCAACCAAUCCCGAAAAGAGAGCCCCAUCUCUAAUCCCCAAGCCCCUAACCAAGAGGCUCUCAAUGGGCCAGUCUGGGCACCCUGCUCCAGCCCCAACCAGGGACAUAACCUGGGGGUAAAAGACCAGGUGCAGAUAUUGGUGGAGGAGCGCUCCAAGCUGAACAGACAGAGUUCUCCGGCGCUGCAGCAUAAGGCCGUCUCCAGCCGGGUCUCUGAGGCCUCCCUGCCUCCUCGCUCCGAGUCCUUCAGCACUGCAGGGAUGCAGCCGGCCCGCACCCCACCAACACACCGCCCAGUUGAACCACAGAUGGCUCACCUGAUUCCAGUGAAGACCAUGACAGGCUCUCAGUCUCUGCAGGAGAGCACAGGAGGAGAGGCGGGGGGGAUGAGGAGGAGAGGGGAGGAGGGGGGCGGCAUGCCCCCCCGUCAGAACUCUGACCCCACCUCUGACUCUAACCCCGCCCCUCCACCUCGUACCACUAGCCGAGAGGACGAUGAGCUUCCUCCUAAGGUCCCUCAGAGAACCACCUCCAUCUCCCCAGCCCUGAUGAGGAAAAACUCCCCCAACGGACAGGGACUCAUACGAGACAGUAAUCCAGACCUGAGAGCAUCAGAGUUGUGUCUGGAUACUGCUCUACAGAGGUCCUCUCACUCCUCCUCCUCAUCCUCACCUUCGUCACAGAGAGAUCCACCAGUCCAGGAGACCUCCCCCCCAGCAGAAGCCAAUCAGGAGGUCAGGAUCAGACCGGAGGAGGGGCGAGACUCAGGCAGACCCAGCAGACCUGCCAGCUAUAAGAAAGCCAUAGAUGAGGACCUAAGUGCGCUGGCUAAGGAGCUGAGAGAGUUGAGGGUAGAGGAGAGCAGUAGACCUCCAGUGAAGGUGAGAAAGGUGACAGACUACUCAUCCUCGAGUGAGGAGCGGUCAGAGAGCAGUGACGAGGACGGAGAGACGGGGCAAGAUGGGACGGUGGCUGUCAUGCCGCAGCAGGGUGAAGCAUAUGGAGGUUUGACUGAAGAACCUCUGGCAGGCUCCUUCAACACAACACAGGACAGCACUCUGAUCAUGACAGAGGCGGAGGAGAGGAGGAGGGCACCAGGCCAUGGUGAGAGUAACGGGUUCCAUAGCAACCAUCACGGCAGCGGUAACCAAGGCAAUCUCCCUGACCUGGUCCAGCAGAGCUCCUCCUCUUCACCCUCAACCCUGGAUGCACUGAAAGAGCAAUUUGGAUCUAAAGCCUCCUUCUCCCCAUUCGGUGACCCACGGUCCUAUCAGACCUCCCCUACUGAAGAUGAGGAAGAGAGCUCAGCUGGUCUGUUCACCAGUGAGUUGCUGCAUCAGGAGCAGGCCAGACUAGCCGAGGCCAGAAAGAUCAGCGUGGUCAACGUGAACCCAACCAACAUACGACCUCACAGUGACACGCCUGAGAUACGCAAAUACAAGAAGCGCUUCAACUCUGAGAUACUGUGUGCUGCUCUCUGGGGUGUGAACCUGCUGGUGGGGACAGAGAAUGGUUUGAUGUUGCUUGACCGUAGCGGUCAGGGGAAGGUCUAUAACCUGAUAACCAGGAGACGCUUCCUACAGAUGGAUGUCCUGGAGGGACUUAAUGUCCUGGUUACUAUAUCAGGGAAGAAGAAUAAGUUGCGUGUGUACUACCUGUCCUGGCUGAGGAACAGGAUACUCCACAACGACCCAGAGGUGGAGAAGAAGCAGGGCUGGGUCACUGUAGGAGAGCUGGAGGGCUGCGUACACUACAAAGUCGUAAAGUACGAGAGGAUCAAGUUCCUGGUGAUCGCUCAGAAGAACGCAGUGGAGAUCUAUGCCUGGGCCCCCAAACCCUACCACAAGUUCAUGGCCUUCAAGUCGUUCACUGACCUGCAGCACCGCCCCCAGCUGGUUGACCUGACGGUGGAGGAGGGGCAGAGGUUAAAGGUCAUCUACGGCUCCAGCCUGGGCUUCCAUGUCAUCGAUGUCGACUCUGGCAACCCUUACGACAUCUACGUCCCCUCACAUAUUCAGACCCAGGUGACUCCCCAUGCCAUCGUGAUUCUUCCUAAGACAGACGGGAUGGAGAUGUUGUUGUGUUAUGAAGAUGAGGGAGUGUACGUCAAUACCUACGGACGCAUCACUAAAGACGUCGUGCUGCAGUGGGGAGAGAUGCCUACUUCUGUUGCCUAUAUCCACUCUAGCCAGAUCAUGGGCUGGGGGGAGAAGGCCAUAGAGAUCAGGUCUGUGGAGACGGGACACCUGGACGGGGUCUUCAUGCACAAGAGAGCCCAGAGACUCAAGUUCCUGUGUGAGAGGAACGACAAGGUGUUCUUUGCGUCGGUGAGGUCUGGAGGCAGCAGUCAGGUCUUCUUCAUGACCCUCAACCGUAGCUCCAUGAUGAACUGGUGAAACUAACUCCUCCCACCAUCUUCCCAUUGGCCUGCUCAGCUGUCCAUCACAGGCCAAAGCUAAUUUCAUAAGCCAAUUAAAACAAUGGACCAAGAGAAUCAAAUCGCACCCUGAAUCAAACAAGUGGAUUGAAAAAUAGGAGAGUCCAACACUGAAUCGAACUGAGAGAAACAAACACUGAAUGAAUCGAACGCUGAGAGAAUCAAAUAUCAAAUCAGUGUGAAAGAAUUGAAUUGUAAAUGAAUCAAGCUCUGAGAGAAUCAAACUUAAAGACAUUGAAACACUGAGAGACUACAACACUGUAACAGACUUAAAGGACUAUAAAGAAUGAAAUAAUAAGAAGAUACAUGACUAUUAAGACGAGGAGUCUGAAGGUAGAGGAGUGUUUGGAUCAACGGGGGCGCUGGUUUUCCGGUUUUCCAAGAUCUCGACUACCAUCUGUGGAGACGAACCGGUACUUCCGGAUCCUAAUCUUUCUUUCUCUCCUCCACUUCACCUUUCACUUCCCCUCUUUCUCCGCCACUCCACCCCUCUUCUCUAAAAUAUCGGCUAUGUCCCUUUAAAACAAAUUCACAGCCUCUGUCUCCCUCCUCUUCUCCAUUCCUCCUUCCCUCUUCUCCUCCUACCCCUCUCUCCACUCUAAAGUCUUUCCUCUUCUCCUCCUACCCCUCUCUCCACUCUAAAGUCUUUCCUCUUCUCCUCCUACCCCUCUCUCCACUCUAAAGUCUUUCCUCUUCUCCUCCUACCCCUCUCUCCACUCUAAAGUCUUUCCUCUUCUCCUCCUACCCCUCUCUCCACUCUAAAGUCUUUCCUCUUCUCCUCCUACCCCUCUCUCCACUCUAAAGUCUUUCCUCUUCUCCUCCUACCCCUCUCUCCACUCUAAAGUCUCAAUUCUCAAGGUGCUGCAUCAGAUAAACUGUAAUGUUAUAACAACAAAAAAGAAUAACAACAUUCUGCUGUUUACUAGAAAUAUGCUUUCAUUCUGUCUUUUAAAUAACACAUUGUUCAAGUUUUGUUUCUUGUUUAUUUAGGUAGUUUAAAAUUACUUUUGAAUUGCAAUGUUAAGAGCUUGAUAACUUGCACAGCACAUUGCUAGUUUCUGUCGUUCAGUUCGUGUGUUUUAUUUUCUGCUGAAAUGCCAGAGAAAAACCUGAUUCAACUGAGAAUCAUUUGAGAAUUGUCUGAGAAUGAACCACUCUGUGUCUGUCUGUCUUAUAUGUCUCUGCGUGUAAAGAAUUAUUGUGUAAAGCUGUCUCCCACCUGAUUGGUCUGGUCUGAUUGUGACUCCUUCCUGUUUGUACAGUGCCUAGCAUGAUGAAACCAACUGAUUUAUCUACCGUUGUUUUGUUCACUCUUUUCUGUUGGUUUACCAUUUUAUUUUAACACUUUGAUAGCAUCUUAUGUCCUUAGAUUAAACAUGAUCAUUUCAUCUAAAACACAACUUAAUUUAUAUUUAAAAAAAAAAUGUUUAAGAGCUUUUAUGAAAUACAUUAGCAUACCUGAAAACAAAGAUGAGAACAUCUGAAGCUGUUGUCCUUAAUGCCAUGCUGUAGAACUCCAUUACCCAUAAUGCAACAGGUCUGUAAGGUGUGUGUGUGUGAGUGUGUCAUGGAUGUGUAUUUAGUGACUACAAACACAUUCAUCCAAGAAACAUUACAUUCACCGAGACUCACUCCCUCAAAUUACAAACAAAUGUAGGGGUGACACUUUUGUCCGGAAAUUAAACUUCCAGGCUGCUCAUUUAAAUGUCAUGCUUAAAUUACUGUUAUGGAGGCAGGUUGCUUUUUAGAAUGUUAGCAAUAAAGAGCUGUGCUGAUUGAACUAGUGUGUGUGUGUGUGUGUGUGUGUGAGAGAGGUGUGGGGUGUAUCACUCUCUCAAUCUGGUGAACAGACUGCUGAUCACUACUGUUGGACUCUGUCUUUAAAAGAAAAACUCUAGACCUCUUGUUUCUGAACGACAAACUCAUCACUAGUGUUUUGGUUUCUAUGUUUUCUAAAACAGAAAAAUAAAUGAUACUAGAACAUUA